AUGACCUCAGGCGUCCCGCGUUGCGCGCCGCAUUCAACACAUCCCUACACAGCACUGAUAAAAACUUAACCGUGAUUGAAAUUCCGCCUGCUACAUGCGUGCUAAAACUUACGCCAGGGACAGGCGCACUUCCACUCAUCCGUCCGCCGAGCGAAAAUGAACCUUAUCGCCUGGAGGAUAGCUACAUAAUUGAGUGGCGGCGUCCUACGAAAACUAAGCUUGCUAGGUUGAAUUAAAAAAUACCCAACGAUAAUGUAACUAUGCAAAAAAUUUCAUGUUACAAGACAAGGAAAAAUGGACGUGAUAUUUUGCAAAUUAUUUCAUUAUUGCUGGUUCUACCCUCCUUUUUGCGAGCUCAAAAUACCCUGGGGUGUCCCGACUUAAUAAGGAGUAAUAAAUGUUCGUGUUAUACUUUUGAAGAUGGUGUGUUUCUUGAUUGCCAGGACACUGUGACGAAAGAUGUCAAAAAUGCUCUUAAAAGUGUGUCGAAUGUGCACUCUUUGUCGAUCAACGACUUUGACGACAGUCAGGAGACUUUGGGGCCACAUCUGAUACCUCAAGGGCUUUGUAUCAAACACAUGCACAUAGCGAGGACCAAUAUAAAGGAGAUUGCCGAUGACACAUUCAUGCCCCUGAGAAAAUGUCUGGAGACACUGAGCAUAGUGUCCAGCAAGAUCAAGUUAAUGCCACAGAAGGCCUUCUCCGGCCUCUUAAAACUCAUGUCAAUCGAUCUCACCUCCAACUACAUAGAGGACAUACCAAGCUACAGCUUUUACGGUCUUCCACUAAUGAAAUUGAAUAUAAAAGGGAACAUGAUAACGGAAAUAUCAGAUUCCGCGUUUUCAGGCUUAGAACAAACCCUCUCCGAAAUUGAUUUGAGCGAAAAUAACCUCACCACGUUCCCUAUAGCGUCUCUUGCUAAACUUAAACAUCUCAGGUCCUUAAGACUAGCCUGGAAUGAGAUGUUCUUCUUUCCUACUGUUGAUAAUUCUGACUUAACAUCCCUAGAAUAUCUUGAUUUAAACUCCAACAAUUUUGAAUUUAUUUCAGAAGACUGCCUUAAAUUUUGUCCGUCCCUGACAAUAUUAUCCUUUCACUUCAAUUUUAUUAAUAGCAUACAUUACCGUGCUUUCUAUUCAUUAGUCAAUUUAAAGUCUUUAGACUUAAGCCAUAACAGGAUAAAGGUUUUGAACCCGUUUCUUUUUCAGAACAAUAAAUAUUUAGAAUUUAUAAAUCUAAGCCACAAUCACUUGCAUCACAUACAUGGAUUAUUCUGUAACAUGCCCUCACUCAAUGAAGUAUUUUUAAGUCAUAAUAAUAUUUUGGAUGUGCCAAUAGAUUCUUUUCAUAAUUCUAGUAAGAUUAGUGCAAUAUAUUUAGAUACGAACUGCAUAAGCAAUAUUCAUAGUGAGAGUUUUAGUAACUUAGAAAAUUUAGCUAAGCUGCGCCUAGAAUUUAACUAUCUAAAUAAAGUGCCACAUGAUAUUUUUAUUAAUAAUAAGGAUUUGAAAAAGUUAAGACUAGACAAUAACAAGUUUAACGAUUUACAUAACAAUACGUUUUCGUCUCUAGUGAACGUCAAUGAAAUUAGGCUGAAUAACAACCACCUAAAAUUUAUUUCUAAAUUUCAUUUUAUUAAUUCACAUAACGUAGAAGAAAUAUAUUUGGACCACAAUAGACUAACUUUUAUCGAACCGGGUGCUUUUAUGAAAAUGAAAAAUUUAAAGUAUCUUAGUUUACAAAAUAACAAUCUCCUAGACAUCAACGACAUUUUACCAAAGUUGAGUUCAAACUUACUUACACUUCUGCUAGACUCAAACUCGUUAUCUUUAAUAAACAGCUUCAUGUUUCAAUCUCAACAAAAGUUGCAUCAUUUAAGUUUGAAAAAUAACCGUAUAAAGUUUUUAACAAAGGCUACUUUCCGGAACUUAACUCAUCUCUCGCGACUCGAGCUAAAUAACAACGAAUUCUCAAUUAUAGACGACUUUGCUUUUCAGAGUUUGGACUUUACUAGGUCGUUAGAUUUGCAAUAUAAUGCUUUACGGAAUAUUACUAAUUACACGUUCUAUGGUUUAACCGCGUUGGAAGAUUUAGAUGUAUCGCAUAAUAAAAUUAUGAGCAUAUCAGACAUGGCAUUCGAUACUCUGAAAAAGUUAAGAAGUUUGAACUUGUCUUUUAAUCCCAUAAAAUUACUUCAUAGACAAAUAUUCCAACAAGGUUUACCUCUCAGUUCCUUAUAUCUUGAAAACUGCGAAAUAAGUCUAAUUGAAAAUGGGACAUUUCAUGGACUAGAUAAUUUGAAAUUGCUCUCUCUCAAAAAUAAUACAUUGAAUUCCGAGGAUCUGCUUUCAAUAGAUAUUCCAGGACUGAAAUAUUUGUAUUUGUCUCACAAUGUUCUCGAUUUCUUGCCUCUGGAGUCAUUCUCUCAACUUCCCCUCUUGGAAGUACUCGUGCUGGAACAUUGCAAUAUAGAAAAUAUAUUCGAGGGCACAUUUUCCUUCAACAGAAAUCUAUUGAGGCUGAACAUGGCGCAGAAUAUUAUUAGCACGAUUCCUUCAAAGCUAUUCGAAAUACACAAUUCAAUAUCGGAGCUGAACAUAAGUAACAAUUUCUUGGACUACGUUCCGUACAACACUUUCCAUAAUUUGACACAUAUUGAGUCGCUAGAUCUCGCAGACAAUCUGUUACCAAGAAUAGAACUCAGCGGCUUUGAGAAACUAAGUAAACUUAAAUAUCUUAUUUUAAAAAAGAACGAAAUAAAUUCUAUUACAUCUAGAAAGAAAGUAGAAUACAACGAAUUAAUAUUAUUCGAUAUUAGCUAUAAUAGAUUAGAAGUACUGCCUUUAUUUAUAUUUGAUGUAUUCCCUAAUAUACAAAACAUUAAUAUUUCUUAUAAUGAGAUUAUUCAUUUUAACUUUUUGUCAUCGUAUAAAAAAAAUGGUAUUACCCUAAUAAAUAUUGAUCUUAGUAAAAAUCCUGUAGUGUCUUGGAGCUCUUCUAAAAAAAUAGACAAUAAUACACUUAUGGCGAAUUUGUACGAGCUACACAUCUGUGCAACUAACAUGACCAACAUAGACGACGUGACAUUCGAACCAUUCACCAACUUACAGCAUCUUUAUUUAAAAUUCAACAAAAUCAGACGCCUUUCGAUAAGUCCCUUUUCAAAGUUAGCAUUUUUAGAAAAUCUAGAUCUCAGUUACAAUAAAAUUUCACAACUGAAAACAAGUAACUUUCGUGGCUUGAUUAAGCUGAGAACAUUAUGUUUGUCUAACAAUAACAUUGAGUCCGUCGAAUCUUUCCCAGAAGAUUUGAGUAAUCUCAAACUUCUGGAUCUCUCGUACAACAGAAUUCAGAACAUUCUCAAUGAGGACCUAAUCAACUUAAAAGAGCUUACUGUAUUAUAUCUUGCGUACAACAACAUUAAAUAUAUAUCAGUUACAGCUUUUAGGUACUUGAGCAAAAUAGUACAAAUCGAUCUAGAGCAUAAUAAAUUGCAAGGAAUACCAUUAGAACUAUUGAAUUCUGUUGAAAAUCACAUACAGGAUAUAUCUAUAAAAGAUAAUGUUUUGAUAUGCAGCUGUCAGAAGAACAACACGUGGGUAUGGAUUCAGGAUCAUCCUAAAACAAUAAAGUCUGAGACCGUGACCUGCCUCAACGACGAGUACCCGAAGGAGAAGUGUAACGUGCCGGUUAUAUCUCAGCUGUCGGUCGACAAACACAAAGAUAACUCCGUCUCGGUAUCAUGGUUUAUACGAAACCGCACGGCAAUUAAAGCUUUGCAGAUUCUCUACUACAGUGAAGACGCUAAUUCUGACGUAAAAUCUAAAUAUUUGGAAUCGACAGAGGUGUCGGUUCAUAUAACUGAUCUAGAGCAGAAUAUGAAUUACGUCGUAUGCAUCAUAACGUUAUCCGAGGAUCCGAUCAUAAACAUGGGAGACGAAGACGAAUCACUGAACACUACCGAUGCAAAACAUAAUAUGACACGCUAUACGGAGGAUGUUGUCGCUGCUAUCCUCAUGCGCUCGCCUUCCAGUGAGUGUGUCUCCUUCAAUACGUUUCGGAAACCUUUGAUCAUAAAGUCGAGACCAAACAAGGUUUUUGAUAUUGCAACAAUAUUAAACCGUCGAAUGGGCUUAAUCGUCGGCUGCUCUUUAGGUUUCGUAGUGUUCUUUAUUAUGGUAUCUGUUUUAUUAUACACUAAAAUAAAAGAAAGAAAACGAAUAGCCAAGUCUGAUCCAGCUUGGUCCGAGAUGAACGAUUAUCAUUCCGUGCACAGUAAAGAAAAUAUCCUAGAAAACCCUAACGCGGCAUCUACUGAUAAUAUCUUGUUAGGAAUGACCAAAGGCGGUCGUAAUCUUUCAAUAGAUCGCUGAUUAUGAUCGCAAAAAUGAAAUACGUAUCUUUAGAAUGUUAUAAGUUCGACCAAAUGCUAAAGACUUAAAAGAGUAUUUGGUAAAUCGAAAUGACUUGUUGAAAGAAAUGUGACGUCGUAAGAUAUGUUUUUGAUGCACAUUAUUGUUAUCUAUUAGAAUCGACGUAGAGUUAAAAUAAUUAAGAUGGUUUUAAAUCAUGUUAUUAGAUCGAAAUUUCUAAAUAUCCUUUAGCUUUACGGAACUAUUGAUUCUAAAUAAUUUAACUUUAAUAUUUUUUAAUUAUAUAGGGUACAAUUAGAGGCUUAAUUGGUACGACUGUUUGCUUAUGAAUAGUAAGAUAGACUAGCAAGUAGACGGUAGGUAGCUAUAGUAGAUAUUAUAUUAUUUAUUAUUAUAGUUAGC